AUAAAGAGAAUAAAUGUGAAUUAGUAGCUGCGUUGAGAAAAAAUAUUGGAGAAGAAAUACAAAAAGAAGUAAAAGAAAUUCAAUUGCAAGAACCAGAUAAUAUCUCACCAAAUAAUAUUCUGUCUGAUUCAAUAAAUAUACCUGUAUCAAAAUCAAAAAAGCGUCGAGUAAUGCAUUCAAAAGAUAACUUAGAAAAAAUUGAGCUAAAACCAAGUUAUUUUGAUUUAGGGUGGGCACUUCGAGAACGUCAAGAAUAUGGUAAACGUGGUGGUGAAAAACACAUGACUGAACGAGUCAAACAAUUUCUUAAAACCUACUUUUUGUCAGGUGAUAUGGACAAAAAAAAUCGAUUUACUGCUUCUACAAUGCUUGAAAAAUUGCAAAAAAAAGUAGGAACGG